AUGAUUACAUACAGGCGUAUGUUAGGAGUACUUGUACUCGCCCUGCUGCAACUGAGGUAUUGUAUGAACACCAUGUCCACUACUAUUGUGGGUCAUAGGGGGUGUGGCUCAAGUGAUCCAGGAGGAAGUUCUGUAUAUCCAGAAAAUUCUCUUUAUUCAUUUAAAAAAGCAUUAGAUAAUAAAAUUGAUGGAGUAGAACUAGAUGUAUGGUUAACUAAAGACAAUGAAGUGGUAGUAAUACAUGGAACAGAUGAUGGUUUACUUGGUCAUACCUUAUUAAAUGAUAAAACUUCAACAGCCAAGUAUAUUGAAGAAUUAACAGUAAAAGAAAUCCAAAGUUAUCAUUAUAAAGAACCCUGGAUCCUUACCAAGGGAAAAGAAUUUUAUGGAAAAGAUGUAAAUGUUAUUUCUAACGAAUAUGAGGAGGAAGUGAAAUAUUCUACCUUAAGUGAGAAUCAAAAAUUAGAAAAGGUAAAAGAGUAUGACCAAUACAUCAAGGCUUACCAAAAUGUAGAAGAAAUUGAUGAAUUAGAAAAAAUAUUUAAGGAAUAUUUUGUCAAUGAUGAAUCUGAUGAAAACAAAGUCGAAGGGGCGAAAAGUUUAGAAGAUAAUGUAGAUGAGAUUGUAGAAGAGGAAAAUAUAGAAGAGGAAAAUAUAGAAGAGGAAAAUGUACACGAGGAAAAUGUAGACGGGGAAAGUAUAGAAGAGAAAAAUAUAAAAGAGGAAAAUAUAGAAGAGGCAAGUGUAGACGAUCCAAAUGUAGAAGCGUCCACUGAUAUGUUAGGGAAAGAAAUAGAUGAAAACAUGAGUGAGGAAGAAUUUGUAAAAUCUAUCCAAUGUGAACACUGUAAGUCUCUUUAUGUAAACUAUAUCAGCAAAAAAAAUUAUGAUGUAAAAAGAAAAAUGUUACUCGCAAAAUUCAUCUUCAAAUUUUACCAUGUACCAUUAUUAACAGAUAUAUUAAAUACAUACAAAAAUAAAUUAACAUAUGAUAUCGAAUUAAAAGGAACCAAAGAAAAUUUGGGUUUAUAUUUAUUAGAAAUUUUAAAGAACUAUAAAGAUUACAAGUUUAAGUUUAGUUCAUUUAACUGGGUUUUACAAGAUGAUGAUAUAAAAAAAAAAAUUUUUAAAAAUAAAAAUAUGAAAAACAUAGAUUAUGCUUCAUACCCUUACGAUAAUCUUAAAAAAAUUGAUCUAUUAAAAGUAUUACGAAAAAAUAAGUUGAAUAUACCUGUAGCUCUAUUAUUUGCAGAUGAUGAAGUAAUGCCAAAUCUCAAUUCAAUUCUUUGUACUAUGAAAUAUUACAAUGCUGACUGGGCUCAUUUCUCAUACAGAUUAUAUAAAAAACCUAUUAUCAUAAAUUGCAAUAAAAAAAAUAAAACCAUAUCAGUAGACUACCUUGUUAAAAUUUUACAUAAAAAUAAUAAAAAAAUUAUGAUUUACUGGGGAACCGAAGAUAAAGAUCAGUAUGAUGAUAUUAUAUUCUAUUUAAAACUAAAUGUAGAUUCCUUGUGUCCAAAUAACAUAGAACUGGCUAAGCAGGCUUUGCAUCAAGUGCAUAACAACUAA